AUGAUGGUUGCAACAGCUAGUGUCGGUGCUUCACCAGCUAUCGACAGGUCAGAGAUCGACGCCAGAUCGAUAUGGAUCGACAACGUCGACUACGGAACAUCCGUGAGAGAAUUAAAGGAACAUUUCCUAAAUUGUGGCGCUAUCAUCAGAGUGACUAUACUCCUCGACAAAUAUAGUGGCAAGCCAAAAGGUUUCGCUUAUAUUGAAUUUGAGGACGCUGGUUCUGUGGAUCUGAAACUCAAUCAAUCGCUGUUUCGAGGGAGGAGGCCCAGAGGAAGGGGUGCGAGAACCGGAAGGGGAGUGAUUGGAAGAGGAAGGAGUUCUUAUUCAACUUAUGUGCCACAGUAUCAAACUUUUGUCCCGAGGUUUGCUACAGACGGGCAACAUGAGCGCUUGUCAAACAGAGGAAGAGGACACAGCAGACCAAGGAGAACAAUGAGAUACUGUCCGUAUUGA